AUGACUACAUCGAUAAGAAGUGUUAAUUUGCACUCAUUAUAUUAUCACCUUAUCGUUGCUAAACGGAGAUGUUUAUCAUUAAAUCAUUAUGUAAGACAGAUAAUCGUACCACUAACAAAUAGUAGCGAUCCAUACCAUACUAGUUUGUUUUAUAACUCUAUAGCAUUAUUGAAAUUCUUUUUAUGGUAG